AUGGGGUGUCAUGUAACAAAAAAUGUUAAAUCUGAGAAGAAAUAAAAGGAGAUAGUAAUAACAGAUGAGAUGUUAUAAGGUAUUAUAAUUUAAAUAGAGAAAUAGAAUGUAAAAUUGAUGAUGAUGUGAAAUCGAGAAUUAGCGUUUACAAUCAGGCUCUAGAUAAAAUGUAGUAGAUUCCAAAAUUAAGGAAAGCAAGUAUUUUAAGAUUUAUGGUAGUAUUCAAUCCAAUAGUUUAAAGAAGGAAAAUUCAAAAAUAUGAAGAAGACUGA